CAAGAUUUCCUUCUUCAAUUUUUCAAUUUAUUUUGGACAUAAUAGUAGAUUUGACGCUUUGGGGAACUAGCAUUUUGCUCAAAGAAUGAACAUAUGAACUAACUAAAAGAGCUGAAGUUUGGCAUACUGUACACUGUAUUGCUCCAUCUAUCUGGAGCCUACAGUGACUCCACAAAGAUUGGGACAACACAAGACCCAUGGUAUUGAUGAUUCCGUACUUAGCAACGACACAAUUGAGCAUGAUUGUUUAGUCCAACUUUGCUCUUCAAGGUCCAAAAAUUGAACUCACAAUCAUUUACAAGCGGACUGUCAUUUAGAUGAUAACUUUUGGUACUGUUAAAAACUCAUCAUGAUGCAAGAAAAAGAGAGUUUGCUGUUUCCGCACACACACAAGACAAUUAUCAUCCUCGAUCAUGGUGCGGAGAUGAUGGAAUCGUCCCAACAGAGCACUGAUUUUGAUGUGUUACAGAAGGGGCGGGCCCCAGGCCUACUGCCGCUCGCUCCCAUCACCAAGACAAUGUGGACUUGUAAUGUAGAAGCAGCGCUGGAGUACUGCAGAAUUAUCUGGGACAUCUACCCGGAAGACAAAUUGAUUCAGGUGAUGGUCUGUGAUUCCUCGUGCACAAGCUUAAACACGUGGCAACCAACUGAGCAGAAUUCACAACAGUUAUUGACUGGAUUAGCUCAACUAGGCCCACCUGUCGAAUCCGAGAAAUGCAACUCGACAGAAUUGAUAAGUGGUCUAACUGAAGCAAUCCAGGCCCUAUGUGAUCCUUCGGACAUUCAGCAAAAGAUGACGACGUCUCACACGGAACAAGCUAACAGUGUGCUCAAUAGGGGGAGAAUAAUAUGCAUAACGUCUUUAAAAAGUGAAAACUUCUACAGAAUGCUAGCGGAUUGUUUAACAGAUGUUGUACAACAAGAAAACAAAUUAGCGGCGAAUACAGAUAACCUCAUGCCGAUCCACCACUGUGAAGUUCAUAUGAUACUCGUUAGUCCGGUUGGGGAGGAGUCCGCCAUACCAAGUAAAAAUAAACAAGAGCUCUCUCCCAAUAUUUCCUACGAAGUCCACGUCAGCCAGUCGGGAAGAUUUAUUGCCUCGAAACUCAUUCAGAUUGCCUCGAGACAUUAUAACCUCACAUCAACCACAGUCACAGGAAUUCCAAUGAAGGAAGAGCAAAAUGCCAGUUCAUCAGCCAACUAUGAUGUGGAGCUGCUCCAUUCGAGGAAAGCUCAUCAAGAGCUCAUACAAUCAGGAAAUGCUGAAGGGCUCAUAUAUCCAUCAAAAGAGGGCCUCUAUUCUGAAACGAUCACGUUAAAAUGGUGCACACCUAAGUCGAACGCAGCAGAACUUCAUCACUGUACUGGUGCAUAUCGCGUGACUCCUGUUGAUGUCAACGGUCGGCCGUCGCUGUGUUUGACAAACUUUUUAUUGAAUGGGAGAGCAGUCAUGUUGGAACAACCUCGUAAGACUGGUAUUAAAGUGAUGUCUCAUAUGCUAGCGAGUCACGGUGGAGAGAUCUACAUCCAUGUGUUGUCGACGUCACGGUCGAUCCUGGAGGAACCGCCGUCCAUCAGUGAGGGCUGUGGAGGCAGGGUCACAGAUUAUAGGAUCACGGAUUUUGGUGAAUUUAUGCGGGAAAACCGCCUGGCACCUGCCAUAGAUGUUGAUGAGGAGACUGACGAAUUACCCAUGAAAAGAGCGAUGGGCCAGAUAGAAAGAAUGUUACGAGUUUGGCCGAUGACUAUCGGGGAUUCAAUCAUAUUCAACAUGUUAUCACAUCUCGACCCGUUACCUUCGCUUAUAGUGAAAGAAAAGCUUGACGAAGAGGAAGUUUUGGAUUGUAAGAAGGCUAUCUUUCAUCUGGUCGAGAUGGAGAGCCGUAACGAGGCGCUACCUGUAACGAUGACAGGCAGCCGGGGCAAGGGGCCAAAGAGAGAGGAACAGUACCGACAGAUGUGGUCAGAAAUGGAGACGUUAGUGCGGGCCCACGUCGACGCCUCCCCAAACCACGAGCGGGUCCUGGAGUGUCUGCUACUCUGUCGUAAACAGGAUGGCGAGGUCAAAGGUCACAAGAAAGGUCAAGAGGUCAAGGUGAAAGAGGAGAAGAUGGAGACGAAUGAAGCAGAGCCUGCGUGGAAGGAUUUAGACAAAUAUCAGAAAAUGACCGAUCGAGAAAAGGAGGAUUACAAUAGUAAAAAGUUGCCCAUCAAAGAGGAGCCACCAGUGAAGAAAUUCAAGCCGAGUGGUUUUAGCACGUCAGGAAAGUCAGGUCCCGUAUCAUUGCUGAAUCUCUGGACAACGCGAGUGACAACGAUACAUUCCCAAAGACAUGCCGAGUUUGAUGGUCGCAAUGAAAACAACGGCAUCCAGGCGGAACUCUACAAACAUUUGAAUCAGGAGAUGGAGGAAGGGGAAGAGGGGGAGAAUGCACCACCAGCUCAACAACAACAACAACAACAACAGCGAAAGCUGCCGCAACAACAGAAUCAACAAGUCAAGAAAUGAACAUUGUUGGUCAAGUUUGGAAAUAUUUACGAAAUUUUAGAAAAAUGGAUCAGUGGAUGCAGGCCUUUUCAUGUUCCCUGGACAUGUGGGAUUGAUUCAGAUCUGAUUGUGACUCGAGUUCCAGCUUGACAGAAUUGUCAGCUUGGUUUCACUCAGAGUUUUGACUUUUCUCGUCCUAUCAGAAGGCAGUCCCUGCCUGUCAGGCAAAGGUCCCAGCUGGAUUGAUCUCAGCUGAUCAAAGUAUUGCCUGCUGGUCUCCCUGCAUUCGUCUCGACUCGAUCAUGUCAGGCCCAGCAUGAUCUAUUUGUAACACCUUGAUCAAGCUAGACCGUCAUUUGAAAAUUCCAUUGACCUGUGCUUUGUGCGAAAUGCAAUGUUUGGUUAUACAAAAGUUAAUGGAGAUAUGCUGGCAGUUCACUACCGGUACAAUACACUUGAUUAUGAUGAGACAAUUUCCUAACAAUAUCACUGCCUUUGAUCAUGGUCCUUAAAAAGGGCUAUAAGAGAUUGUGAUUACGACACAAAUUGUGAAUGAAAGAGGACUUUGAAACCUCAGAGGAUGGACAGUAAAAUUUUGGUACAGCAAUGCCGAGGGCACACCUUUAGAUGAAAUGUUUGCAUUGUAAUCGGUUACACAUGCACAUGAAUAAGUAUACCCUGGUUAGUGCUUCAUAAUCUUGGGUGCUUAUCAAUUUGCAUGAUAAACCAGAAAUGAAAUUUGGAAAUUUAGUUUUGAUUUCUACCAACAGUGUUGCUGAUUCAGGAUCCUCAAAUGAGGGAUUGGCAUUCUGGUUUUAGUGUGCAUGUAGCUCAUUUACAUGAAUUUG